CCGCGGUAGUACGUGAGAGCGCGCGCGCACGUUUCUCGCAGCCUCUCGCUCUCGUUCGCGCCGGUUCGACUCCUCGAUUCGCGAUCGCCCACCGGGAGUCGUUCGCCCCUCGGUACGUCGCGUCCUUGAUCGCCGGCCUUAACGACGCGACUCUUCUGCCGUAUGUCGGGUCGGCGAGCCCGCGAUCGCGCUACGAGCGGAAAAACGCCGGGGAUCGGCUAAUUUUCACGCAUCUCGAUCAUUUUUUCAAUAACGGCGCGCCUGACGCCUAUCGCUUCUCUAUCCCCUUUCUCCCUCCCUCCCUCUCAUCCCCCCCGCUCCAUUAUCCCCUCUCCCGUCCAUUGGCUUUGUGAUUUCUCCCACCUUGGCCUAUCAUUUCAAUCCCCGUCCCUUCCCUCCUACCCUGUCCUUCCUCAUUCCUUCCGAUUCAGUUUACCGAGUUAGUUGUUUAAGACGUUACGGUGUGUGCGCAUCGUUCUCAUCCGUACCUUCUGCAACAGUCCUCGAGAGUUUCAUCCCCGGUGUGUUAGCGAAUAUAUUACAUCUUUUUUUUACUCCUUGUCUCGCAUCUUGCAAAAGUUGUGUGUGCGCGCAUCUCGCGACUCUUCGAAAACAGCGUCAUCGUUUGCGCGCGCGCUCGGUUUUUCAAGAGAGUGAAGAGAAACAACAACACAGAGAGAGAGAGACGCAAGAGACAGAGAGAAAGAAAGACAGUGAACAACCAUUGCGACAAAACUGCGCAAAGGUAUAUAUGUUCAUUGAUUUGACGCGAUCGUUUUGCUCGCGAUAUCUGCUUCGCUGAUAUUGCCAUCUUUGGCGAAGCGUCCGGCGUGAAGUUGCCGACGGGUACUUAAUUCGUGACGCGAAAAACGACAUCUCGCUCACGCGGGACACUCGGAUUCGAAUUUAGGUUCGAAUCUAAAUAUCAAAUCCGUAUAUAUAUCGCCAGCGUAUAUAUCGCAUAUAUCGCGCAUAUAUCGUAUAUCCGAGAAAUUUACAAAGACUUCAGCGCGUCAACGCUCGUUUUGUGAAUUGUGUCGCAAGAAAACAGCCAAAAUUCGGGUGAAGCGUGAUCCUAAGCCAUCCUACGUGAUGGACUCAGCCGACGAACAAGACGUGGAGAAUCCCGGAGGGAUGGCCAACGGAGCCAACGGAACCAACGGAGCCAACGGAGCCAACGGAGCCAACGGAGCCAACGGCGCUAACGGAACCAAUGGGACCCACGGAGCCAACGGAGCCAACGGAGCCAACGGAGCCAACGGAGCCCACGGAGCCAACGGACAGCAUCCGACACCGGAAGGAUCCUUGUCAUUCCGAGAAGAGAUUGACGAAUCCGAUCUGGAUGACGAAGUACAGGACGAUGAAGACUUGCUCUCGCACCCACUUCAAGGCAGCUCGCAAUCGCAAUUGGACAUUGCUGCGCAAGUUGCUGGCACAUCUUCAUUAGCGCAUUUAAACAAUUUCAUGAACAUGCAUCCGCAGCUCCUGGCGAAGCUUAAAAUACAGUAUAAUGACGCAGACAUACAAACCAGGAACGGUUUGGAAGUUCUACAGGCUGCGAUGAGCGGUAGUAACUUCAUGUUUCCUCCGUCCUUGUCCUUCUUGUCAUCGCCACCACCGCCACCGUUGAUGCCACAACAGCAGCAACAGCAGCAACCUCAACGUGCGCAGAACAAUCAUUCGUACCCAUUUGCGUCAAGUCCUGGAAAUAUAGUCGAGAAUCAACUAAUGAUGGCCUCCUCUUCUGUCAGAGCUGCUGUUGGUAGCUCACAAACUGGCGAGUCUCCGCAACGAAACUGCAGGAAUAACAGCGAAUCCUCGCAAGGAAGCUCCAAAAAUAACGGGGAAUCUCGUGAAUGUGAACCUCGCCCCGGAACCUCGGGGAACAAUCAGCAUCCAUCUGGAUCCAACUGGAACUUCGAAGAGCAAUUCAGACAGGUGCGUCAGUUGUACGAACUGGACGAGAAUCCUGACCGGAAGGAAUUUCUUGACAACCUCUUCACUUUUAUGCAACAAAGAGGGACACCUAUUAAUCGUCUACCUAUCAUGGCAAAAUCUGUACUGGAUCUUUACGAGCUUUAUAAGUUAGUGGUCACGCGAGGUGGUCUCGUCGAAGUGAUCAACAAGAAGCUGUGGCAGGAGAUCAUUAAAGGUCUUCGGUUGCCGGCGAGCAUCACUUCCGCCGCGUUUACUCUACGCACGCAGUAUAUGAAGUAUCUGUAUCCCUACGAGCAACAGAAGGAGAAUCUCUCGACUCAGGAGCAACUGCAGACAGCGAUCGAGACGAAUCGACGCGAGAGCCGCAGAGGCAAUUACACUACUUACGCUACCAACAACGAAAGUAUGGUCGCGCGAAGUCAACACAAUUCUUUGUCGAAUACAUUGUCUCAAUUGCCGUUGGGGCUGCCGCUCGCCAUAGGCCAAAUGGACAUCGGGGCGCAAUCGCCGUUCGUAAACGGACACCCGCAACAUCAUCCCCAUAACCCACAGCAUUUACCGCCGAACCUAUCAUCUAAUUUUACAGAAUACAUGAAGAGGCUUCAAGAACAAAAACCGACUACUAAUAACUCGAUAGGUCAACAACAGAGUGGCGGCACGCCGAUAUCGCCAUCCACGACGGACACAUUUAAUGCGCUUGAAUUGUCCAGAAACCUAUGGCAGAUGUCAUAUAAUAAUAAAAUAUAUUCAGGAAUUCAACCAUCCUACUCCUCUACGCCGUCUGAGUCGCCAUCAGUGCCGACAAAUAGUCCGGAACAAGAGAAAGCCCUAGAUCUUGCAAAUUCUGCACAUAGGUCAGACCCGGUAUCUUCUCCAAGUGCUAGUAGAUCAGUUAGUUCACCACCGUCCGGUAACAUGAAAAGAAAUCAAGAUGCUACGGAUCUCUCCCCUUCAACAUCUACCAAAAGAGUAUUUUCCGAUGAGGAAAAUUUAUCUGAGAGUACGCCCAACAGUAUGCGCGUUAUGCAAACGGUCACAGUUCGAGACAAUGGACAAAGGGAACUGAUGAUUAGCGUGGAGCUCAAUGGUGUAACAUAUGAAGGCGUCCUACCAGCUAAAAAUGAUGACGCCAGCAGUACAUCAUCGAACUCGAAUACCAUAAAGCGCUCACGAAACAGCGAAUCGUGAACGCUUUGUGGACAUAAAGUAUUGAGAGUACUUAACAGAUUCUCGUGAUUGAUUCAUACGGAACAAAUUAGCUACGAGAAUCUAUUGUAAAUAAAAAAAGAACGCCAGUAUAGUCAGUAUAUCGCUUUGGAUCGAUAAUAUCCAAAACCUUUUUACGUUUACAUUACAUUUUUUUCCAUUACGUAAAAACGUAACGGAAAAAAAUGUAAUGUAAACGUAAAAAGAUGACGUAGAUGAGGUAUGACGUGAAACUAGUGUACUUUCUGACGAAAAACUAUUGUAAAAUUAUUCACUAUUUCAAUUAUAUUUAUAAUUUGUUGGGCAGUACAUGAAGCAUACAUAAAGAGCUUAUUAGAAAUGUCGUCGAGACUUUUUAUGAAUGCAGAAAAUGCAAUAAGCUCCUAACUCCUACCUUUUGAUUUAUAGAUAGAUAGAUAGGUUUAGAAUAGAUUUUUUUGUAUAUAGCUUUAUAUUAAAUGUAAAUAAAUUAAACACAAUUUUUUUUGCAUUCGGAAUAAAUAUCCCGAAUGUUCGAAAAAUGACAUCGUUCCGCGUUUAGAAACCGAUAAUAUUGAAUAAUUUCACAAUAG